AUGAGAGAGGUAAAAGAUAACUGUGUUGUGUUAAAAGACAUUUCGGCUCCUGUGUUUAAUUUAAUUCUAAAGGAGAUUUACACAGGUGUGGAUAUUUUAACUGUAGAUAACUUGAUCCAAGUUUGGCGAGCCGUUCAUCAGUUACAGAUUCCGUUUAUGGUCAAGUUUUGUGAAGAUUUUGCAAUGAGCUCCUUGUCAAGUUAUACAUGGGAAGCUAUUCAUCAAACAGCAUACCUACUAGAUUCCGAAUCUGUUAUUUUAGGGUUGCAUACAUAUAUGCUUAGAAACUUUGAUCUAGUUUGCAUAACUCCAACGUUCUUGAAACUUCCUUAUGAGAAAGUUAAAGAGUUUGUUGCAAGCCAAGAUCUCGUUGUUAGUUCGGAGGACGUGGUUUUAGAAUCCGUGCAAAAAUGGACCGAAUGGGAUCUUAGCAACGAGAAAAAGCAAAAGAAAUGUAAAAAACAUAAACAAAAGAUAGGAACAGCAAACACAAUAAGCGAUGAACAACGCAGCGAUAUGAGAAAACAGAAAUUUACAGAUCUGUUGAAGUUGGUGAGAACGUGUCUUGUAAAUCCAACAGUACUCAUGAAUAUUUAUAAUAGUAAAUUAAUUUCUAAGAAUAAUGACGCGAGAGACAUAAUUGUUAAUGCUUUGUCUUAUCGUGUCCUCGAUAACAGACAUGGGCAUUGGCCGUCAUCGGCCAUACACAGAGAAUGCAGUGAGUAUUCAAACUUUGGUGUUUAUGCCUGUGACAAUGGACAGUUUAAAGUGCUGAAAAUGUCUAAUAAAAAAAGGCAUACGGUUAUUUAUGAUAACAGUAAUUUACGUUAUAAUGUGAAGCUAGUUGCUUUCGAUAGUGAAAUGUAUGCCAUAGGACUAGACGCGGUGGUAAAUGUCGCACGGAGACGUUGUCGAAUGUUUGUGUUGUGUGAUGAAAGAUGGACGCAGCUGAUUGAUAUGCCGAGCAACGAUGUACUUCUAGCUGCACAUGGAAAGUUUAUUUACAUUUUUGAUAGAAUUAACAGAGAGGUUUAUAAUAUUAAUCCUAAAUCGGUUACCUUGAAAUUAAUUAUAUACAACGAGUUUCCAGAAAACGCAUCCGUCAGACACGCUUCAGUUUUUGAAAAUUUUAUUUUAUUAUUUUGCGCUGAAACAAACAAUGGCGUUGCUGAGACUGCUAUAUAUAGGAAUAGUAUUCCGUCCAGCGUUUGGACCAGAUUAGACAAUUUAGAUGGGCCAGCAGAUAAUAUAAUCACUUUCAGAAAUGACACAGACUGCUUUAUUCUCCAGGCAAACGGUAACUUAUGGAAAAUAUCGAAUGUAGAAUCUCGAAGAAAAAUUGACUUUACAUUUAUUCUUAAACUGUGGGGUCAAUGUAACCUAUUACAGGGUGCUAUACCCUACAAUGAUAAACUUGUCAUUGCAUUUGGUUCCCAUAGAACACUGCCGAUGAAAAAUUGGCUGCCAUCAGUUCCUGAAUACUUUACCAGAAUAGAACAAAUCGUAUUUGAUGAUAUAGUUUCUAACUUCAUACCGAUUGUAUUACCAAAUGAAUAUCUGCGUGAUUAUUAG